CCUUGACAGUUUCUUGGUCCGCAAGCAUUGCCCUUGUGCAAGUCUUCCUAACAAAAUGGUUGAGUACUCUGAGGAUGACCCAAAGCCCAAGAUUGAGGAGGACUGCAAGGUGCACUGCGUGAAGGAGUGGGCGGCCUACAAGGCUUGCGCUGAGCGCAUCAAGAGCGACACCACGGGGCAAGCUCAUUGCAGCGGGCAGUACUUCGACUUCUGGAAGUGCGUUGACCAUUGCGCGGCCCCAAAGAUUUUUGCUGUCCUUAAAUAAAAAGUUGGCGAGCUCCUGAGUGGAAAUACAGCUUAGCAACGUGUCAUUACCGGGGAUUUUGUAGCUGUGCCAGGCUUGGGGUGGCGCGCGUGUCAGUGUUUAGGCAGUGCGUUUCGGGCGAGUUCCUGCUGACUAAUUUCGUCUAAGAAUGUGACCUCGGGUGAGCGGGCAAAGGAGCAUGGGUUGAUGCGCUACUCACUGUAGCUGUGGGAAUACCCGGCAGAGUGUAACUCCAAUCGUUUCUCG